AGGUUCAAACAAAUCGACUUGAGUGAAAUGAAGCAUGUGCAUCACCUUGGAGCAUGUGAAGCAUACACAAUGUACACUAGCCCUCAGACUUGGAGCCUCCUAGUGUCUCGUUCCUCCAUUCCUAAGCAAGUUCUCUCCCCUUUCCAGAAUCGAAGCAACUGGAAAAAGGAAGCUCCAGUUUCUUCACACUGCUGCCAGAGCAGUUGUCCCGUCCUGCAGUAAACAGCACAAGAUCCUGCAAGGGUGCCAAUAAGAGGGUGCGUGCAGAGAGGAGAUGGAAGCAAGCAAGUACAGAUCGAGAGGCCACACAAUGGGCAACAACAACACCACCAAGAAGUUGCCCCUGUACCUGCUGCUCGUGCUGCUGGCGAUCGGCGCCACCGCGGUGAGCGUCGGCAUCCUGCACAAGAUGAGGGAGCGCCGCGUCCUCGGCGUCCUCCAGGAACGCGACCAGCAGCUCCUGUCCUUCCAAGUCCUCCUCGAGAAAGAAAAGGAAAUUAAUAAAGAGAUGAGAAGGAAAGUGGACGAACUGGAAGCCAAAACAUCCGUCCUAAGUAUUGAGAGGACAGAAUUGAAAAACAAGCUCAUGGAUUCAGAAACUACCACCACAUAUCUUACCAACACCCAGAAAGAAUUAGAAGCAGCUCUUGUGGAGAAAGAGAGCCAUAUCAACCAAAUGAAAGAGAAUGCAGCUGCUUCCAACUCUGGUCAGACAACACCUAUAAAGGAACUCAUGCAGCAAAAAGAAGCUGAGCUUGACAAAUCUGAAAAUUCCAGUGAUUCCAUACCUGCUACAGCAGAUGAGAAUUCCAACAGCACUACUGCAUCAGAAAGCAGCCACCAGGAUGAAAGCACUGUUGUGGGAGCAAACAAUGAAAACGCAACUUCAGACACAACGACACUUGACAAACCAGAAAACUCUGGUGACUCCAUACCUACUCCAGCAGAAGAAGAAAAUUCCAGUAUCAUUAAUGCAUCAGAGAACAGCCAGCAGGAUGAGGGAGCAAACAAUCAAAAUGCCACUUCUGAUGCUGUGGUACCUGACAAAUCUGAAAACACCAAUGAUUUUGUACCCGCUGCAGCAGAAGAACACAAUUCCUACAACACCACUGCAUCAGAGAGCAAUGACGAAGACAAUAGUACCUCACAAGAGCAGUUCUUAAAGUUAACAACUAACAUGGAAGAUGGUCAGCCACAAGAGAAUAAAGAUGAUGCAAAUGAACAGUCAGAUGAUGCUCCAGAGGGAAAUCAUUCAGAUAAAUCUGAGCUUCCACAGGGGAGCCAAAAACAAGAAGAUAGUCAGGAAGCCAGCAAAGAAGAACCAGAUGGUGCAAAACAGGUGGAGAACCCUCAAGACGAGGCCAGCAAUCACAGCAGAGAUAGUAAACUGCUGGAGAAUGAAGAUGGUAAUGUAGUUGUUAAAGAAGCAGGGAAAGAAAAAGAUCCUGAAGGUACGAGCUCAGAAGAAAGCUUGAGUGAAGCCAACCAGAACAAAAUGCAAGCAGCAGAACCUGGUGCCAAUCCUGCAGAUAUAAGCCCCAGCACAUCCACGAAUAAUGAGAGAAAAGAAUCAAGCAAGAGACAUAGGAGGAGAAGGUCCAGAUCUAGAAGGAAGAGGAGGGCCAUGGUUGCUGCCGGCAACAAUGAUGGAGAUCAUCAAAUGGAGGUAGAUGCCACAGCAAACCCAUGAAAUUUGGAUUGGAAAAGCUUUGCAGCACAAUGAUGGAUGAAGUAGUAGAAAUACAAAUUUCAUAAAAGCGUUCUAGAAGAGACAAAAAUCAAGACCACAUUCGUACACUCAAAUAUCGCUGAAGUGAAGUAGAGAAGAAAGAGAAUACCAGUUGUCAUUUGUAGCUGAUGGCAGCAAAAAUAACAGUUAUUUUCAUACUUUAAAUGGAUUCCUUCUGUGGACUUGAUAAUUUACUGUUUACUGUAUUUACACUUUAUUUUUAUGUAAACACUUGCCUGAAUUGUAGCCUCUGUAAGAAGUUCAACCACAAGUGAUGAAGAUAUUCUCUCUGCAUAAAA